GCCGAAAAUAUGGACAUCCCGGUGCUCGACGUCUUGGCUGCAGGCCGGGAUAGUGGGUCUAGUAUAGAUGUCGCAAUCGGAGCGUAUCAUCGCGCAAAGGGAGAGAAGAACCAACUUCGACGAUAACGAUUGAUACAAAAACAACGUUGCGUCUCCCACGUGGGAGAUGGGGCUGUCAUACGCACGUAGGUCAGAUCUCGCGAACUUUCGCCUUGACCAGCUUCGAGCUCGCUCGGACGACACCUAGUGUGGACAGGAUAGGACAACUCCCAUAACAAAACACCAGUUGCCAUCACAUCCCCCAUCCGCAAAAAUGGCUACCGAGGCAGUCUCUCCAACCCCGGACACUACCAGCGUCUCUGUCCCGCCGCAAAAGCGAACAUGGUACCACACCACCCUCUUCAACGCCAUCGUAAUCGGCGGCGUCGGCUUCCUAGCCCCAGGGCUUUGGAACGCCAUGUCGAACCUCGGCGCGGGCGGCGCUCAAGAGCCGUACCUAGUCAACGCGGCCAACGCGCUCGUAUUCAGUAUCAUGGGGUUCCUCUGUCUCUUCGGUGCCCCCAUCGCAAACCGCAUCGGGCUCUCGCGCACGCUCUUCCUCGGUGCCGUGGGCUACCCCGUCUACUCCGCGGGCCUGUACGCGAAUAACCGGUACGGCAACGUGUGGCUCGUACUCGUCGGCGCCGUGGCGUGCGGGUUUAGCGCGGGUUUGUUCUGGGCCAGUGAGGGCGCUAUUGCGUUGGGGUACCCGGAGCCCGGGAAGAGGGGACGGUAUUUGAAUAUUUGGCUGUGGUUCCGGACGGGGGGUCCGUUGGUUGGAGGCGCGAUUGUGUUGGGGCUUAAUCAUGAUGCUAAUGCUAAGGCCAAGGGCAAGGUUGGAUAUCAGACGUAUCUUGUCUUCAUCGCGCUACAGUGUGUUGCUGCGCCGUUGGCCCUACUGCUCUCGUCGCCGGAGAAGGUGCAGCGCGCUGAUGGGUCUAAGGUUGUGAUUCGUCGCGAAGCUACCUUAGGCGCGGAGUUUAGGGCGUUGUGGGCGAGCUGUAAGAGGAGGGAUAUCUUGUUACUCUUGCCUGUGUUCUGGGCUGCGUAUUUUAAUCAGUACAGCGGGAACUUCCAGUCGUAUUACUUCGGCGUCAGGGCCCGCGCGCUUGUCGGCUUCGCGGGGAAUUUCGGCACCUUGCUGUCCUCGCAACUGGUCUCGGCGCUACUAGACUAUAAGAAGCUCCCUGUGAAGCGGCGCGUUGAGAUUGGGUUCUAUUGGGUUGUGAUGUGGCAUAUCAUCGCGUGGACGUACGGCUGGGUGGUGCAGGAGAAAUACACGCGUAACCCGCCGGCGUACGACUGGGAGGAUAAGGGGUUUGUGGAGGGGUUCUUUGUGUUGAUAUUGUGGGAUUUUGCUAGGCAGGCUUUGCAGAAUUGGCUUUAUUACCUUGUCGCUAGCAAGACGGACAACAUUUCGGAAUUGACACGGCUCUCGGGUAUCCUGAGAGGACAGGAGAGCUUCGCACAAGCUAUCAGUUUCGGCCUCAAUACGAAGAAAUGGGUUGGAGGUAGAGUGCCUUUGGCUGUGAACACGAUAUUGCUAGUUCUUGCGUCCUUCCCUACAUGGCUCGUCGUUCGCGAAUUAAACCCAACCGAAAAAGACAAUACACCGAAUUCCGACAACGAAAGCCAAGCGGAGGAGGGAUUAUCAGGGUCUCAAGUCUUGGAUACAGACGAGAAGCGAAAGUUCGCUGUUGGACAAACCAGCGCCGGAGCCGACGCGGUCAUGUAAUUGCCUCAAUACUUCGUACACAAUGCACCAAACGUCGAUAGGGCUUGUGAUUGAAACAAGCUGAAAUAGAUGUCGCUCGGAUUAAAACGUCCGGUGAUUUAAAGUGGUUGCAGUAG